AUGAGCUUAUACAACAAUCUAAGACUAGUCACCAGACAGAAGCAAGUGUCCGGACUGCUUUCCGCAGUAAGACGUUACCAUCCAACUUCUAAUGAGUAUGUCAACCCAAAGGUCUGGGAGCCAUUGACUUACACACCCGAGUCUCCCGAGUUCAAGCUGCUAUCGCAUACCAUGGAGAAUUCCGUUCCACAACAUGGUUUCACUGAAAAGGCCAUCGUUAACUCUCUAAAUGCGAUGAAGAUGCCAAGUGGUAUGCUAACUACUAUCGGUGCUUCCAAUUCUGCCACUUUCCUGCACUCUUCACCAGCAGUUAUGGAAUUGAUAAAGUUCCAACUGGUGGAAAAAAGACAUCGUAUGGUUGAGGGAAUAACUGAGAUCGCUGAAGCAUCUAAAUUGCCAAGUCUGGAAAGCCUGCUACUAAAGAGAUUGAAAAUGGAUGUACCAAUUGCUUCUCAUUUGACUCAGAUGACCGCACAAUUGAUGGUUCCAAGCUCUUUUAUGACUAAUGUCUCACUUCCAGAACUAGAGAGAUUAGCAGACGACAUGAUUUAUUACUCUAACGAGAAGGAUCACCACGAUUUUGCCUGGUACACCAAGAGAGCUGCUUUGGCCACUACAUAUUUGGCCAGUAAAGCUUUCAUGGCUCAGGACAAGUCUCACAAUUUCAUGGAAACUAUGGAAUUUGCCCAAGAUAAAUUGCAUAAAGUCAUGACUUUGGGUGACUACUACAACAAUGUUGAAGAGUUUGGCUGGUUCACAUUGAUGUCUGCAGUAAACUUGACUAAGUCUCAAAUGGCAAGAGUCUAG